AAUAAGUGUGUUUUGUUAGAAGGGUAGACAUUUCGUGCUCUAGUUAAAUCUAAGGAGCGCAACUGAUUGAUACAGACUAUAAAACUACUUCCUAAGACCAUAAGAAAUAUUUUACAAACAACAUCUUUGACAGAUGUUUAUCACAUCUGUCAUGUUUAAUAACUUCAGAGCUAUCAGGACAGUGUCACAGAGUCCACAUAGGUUGUUUUUUUAACCACUAUUUGCUGGCAAUAAUAAUAAUUGCCAAUGCCAAUAAUUGACACCGUUUACGUCUGUGGGCUUUAUCAGCAUGUUUUUUGGAAAUAGCAGAGAAGAAAACAGAUCCUGCUUUCUUAUAACAAUAGAAUGAUACUAAGCAUGGGUGUUGUUAACCAUUGUGACUGGUACCCAUACUCCUUCUAUUCUGAUUAAUCGGGCCCGGGUCCCAGGGGUAGCAGUAUUUGCAGUGAUGCCCAGUUGCUCUGUGGAAAGCCCAAGGGGUUCCAAGGCCAACCAGAGACAUUGUCCUUCCAUCAUGUCCUGGGCUGUUCCCUGGGCCUUCUCCCAGUAUAUGAUAUACAUCAAGCUACCCAGAUCUAUAUUGUUUUUACUAUUUCCUGCAGGUGCACCAUCUAGGACAGAAGUCGAUGAGGACAAAAUAGCAAUGGUGUGUAAAUAUUUGAUAUACCAACUCCAAGGUGCCCGGGAAGACAUCCUGAGGUAUUGUGAUGUUAAUGUGCGCUGUAAGACUAUCGGGAACUAUACUAAUGGGACUCUAAAAGGGGAUCCUUUCUUAAAAGAUACUGGCUGUUUUGAAUGCAUUGAACAGAAGUUGUAUGUGGUUGUGACCAAUAAUAUAACCCAGAGUGGGGGAUAUUAUGAGUUGCAGUGCAACGGUGUUGUUGAACGUGUAACAGAAGAAUCCUUAAGGAAAAUUUCCGAAGGGCUGACCACCACUCCUGGACUCUUAUCUUGUGCUGAAGGGCUGACCACCACUCCUGGACUCUUAUCUUGUGCUGAAGGGCUGACCACCACUGCUGGAUCCACACUUGCUGUGCCGCCGACUACCGGUGUUGGAUCCAUACUUUAUGCUGGUGAGGAACCAUUUUAAAGUUAUUAGAAUGACUUUAUCAUGAACCGCCAGAUCCUUCAUAAAGAAUUCACUUUAGCUUAUUUAAAAAACAUUUUAUGUGGUGGAAAAACUAAAAGUAGCUUGUAAGUUUAAAAUCAAAGAAAAGUUAGAUGUUACUUUAAAAUAAAUUAGAAAUAAAAACCUGAAAAUGUUGCCAUGAGUUAAUAUUUAGACCUGGGUUUUGAGGAACAAAAAGUUUUUAAAGCUGUUGCUGAAAAAAAAAGCUGUUUCUCGAUGUGUACUUGUGCGUUCUCAUGUGCUCGUGUACUCUUCAUCAUCCGCAGCCCCAGUACUGUUCCAGUUUACAAGAACACAACACUUAGAACUAGUGUUGCACCGAUACCAGUAUCGGACGUGGCCCCGAUACUGCCCUAAAAUGGUGGUAUCGGUAUCGGCGAGUACCAACAAAUAGGGCACCGAUACCAUUUUGAGAGCCAUA